UUAACUAGCCCUGUGGCCUUGGGCAAGUUACUUAACUUCCCCACUGUCCCUUGGUUUCCCCAUACAUUAAAUGAGUCUCAUAAUGGACCUUAUUUCAUAAAAUUUUGUCGGAGCUGCCUAGAAAGCCUUACAACAAAGGUCAAUACUUGGCAUUUAAUAAGAGUUCAAAAAAUCUUUGUUUUCCAAAUGUCUCCAAAACUUCUUUUAAGCUACAGCAACAAAAACCAUGCGCAGUCUUCUAACCACAAAAGGCAACAUGAGUUUAAACAAGGUAAGGUAUUGUUUUCUGAUUUGUUUCAUUUCUGAUGCCCUUCUUGAAUAUGCCCAGUUUUUUCUUAGCCUUUUUGAAGAAGUAGCAUAUCGAGUUAAUGUCUUCGGUGAAAAUAAAACUUCCGUAUCCAAUCUCUCAGUCAUAAAUGAGUGCUAUCUGCAUCAUCCCUUCUUAAUACCUUACCUAAUAUUGCUUCCCCCUAAGUAAAGCUCAUUGGGAAAUUUUAUAUUCACUAAAGGCAGCCAUAAGAUUUGGGGAAUUAUAUAAUCAAGAAUUGUAUAUAUCUAAAAAGGAACAUUAAAAAAUCCUCUAAUUCAGACCACCUAUAGUCCAAACUAAAGAUGAGGAAAUUGACUCUUAAAAAGAUUAAAUGACUCUUCCAAAAUCACAAAGAGAAUUCAGUGAGUUUUUUCCUCUACUAAAUGUUCCUUUUUUCUGCAUUUCAUUCUCACUUAAGCAACUUACUGUCUCAAAGAGCAUCGUGUAAUGAUACAAAACGCAGCUUUCCAAUCACACUAAGGGUCUCUCGAUGUCUUCUCUUGACCACCAAUCAGGAACCUUUGCUGGAAGCUUGUUUCUGAUUGGUGAAGGUAAGCCGUAACAGUGGAAUGCCAAGGAGUAAACACAAAAGCGUAGCAACAACUGAGUUUGCUGUCUCACUACCCUCAGCCUAGGCCAACCUGGACUCCUUCACCCCAAAUGAGGUGACCUCUACAUUUUAUAUGAAGACACUGAUUUACCAUUCAACUGUGAUCCAUCUUAUAACAUGGCAAUCCGAUACAGACAGGAAGAUAAAACCGAAUACAGCUAAAAUAAAGUGUAUUCCCAGAAUACACAUUGUGGAAAAAGGAUGAAGUUGACCAGCGAAAAGUUGCCCAAGAACCCCUUUUAUGCCUCCAUAUCUCAAUGUGCUGCUAAAAACCAAAAACCCUUCCAAUGGGAAAAGGAAAAGACUGAUCAUUACAGCCAUGCUAAUUUGGUGGAUAAGGCAUUGCAGCUCUUGAAGAAAAGAAUACUGAAAGGAGACACUCUGGCAUAUUUCCUGAGAGGUCAACUAUAUUUUGAAGAGGGAUGGUAUGAAGAAGCAUUAGAACAGUUUGAAGAAAUCGAGGAGAAAGACCAUCAAGCAACUUACCAGCUAGGAGUGAUGUACUAUGAUGGGCUGGGGACCAUUCUAAAUUCUGAGAAAGGGGUGGACUACAUGAAGAAAAUUCUUGAUUCUCCAUGUCCCAAAGCAAGACACUUAAAAUUUGCAGCUGCUUACAACCUCGGAAGAGCUUAUUAUGAAGGAAAAGGUGUUAAACGAUCAAAUGAGGAAGCCGAAAGACUGUGGCUUUUCGCAGCAGACAAUGGAAAUCCCAAAGCUAGUGUGAAGGCUCAAAGUAUGCUCGGGCUGUAUUACUCAACCAAGGAGCCCAAGGAGUUAGAAAAGGCAUUUUACUGGCAUUCAGAAGCAUGUGGCAAUGGAAAUCUGGAGUCCCAGGGUGCACUUGGGCUCAUGUACUUGUACGGACAAGGCAUCCGGCAGGAUACGGAGGCUGCCCUGCAUUGCUUAAGAGAAGCAGCAGAACGCGGAAACGUCUAUGCUCAAGGGAAUCUCGUGGAGUAUUACUAUAAGAUGAAAUUUUUUACAAAGUGUGUUGCAUUUUCUAAAAGGAUUGCUGACUAUGAUGAGGUGCACGACAUCCCCAUGAUUGCCCAGGUCACAGACUGUCUCCCGGAGUUCAUCAGCAGAGGCAUGGCAAUGGCAUCCUUCUACCACGCAAGGUGUCUCCAGCUCGGCUUGGGCAUCACCAGGGACGAAGCAACGGCUAAGCACUAUUAUUCUAAAGCUUGUCGUCUGAACCCUGCACUGGCAGAUGAACUUCACUCCUUACUUAUUCGUCAAAGAAUUUAGACCACAAUGUAUUUCAACAAAGAUCAUCCAUGCUAACACCGCACAAUGUGUGUAUCUUUAUAGUAGCUAUGACUGGUUAUUUUGCACAUCGCAAAUUACACUAUCCUGGGUAUUUUACAGGUGACAUGUUACUUCGUUCUUGAAUUUGUACGCGGUUAAGUUUUGCACCUUGAAACCUAGACACAAGGUCAGAUUGCUGCAGGAGUCCUCAGAGGUCCACCUCUUACCCUACAGACUGGCCUAGACCAUAUCAAGUAUCAAAACCAUUCUACACAGCAAGUCUCUUUUUUCCUUUCUUAAAUACCAAGUCUCCAAAAAGACUUAGUUUAGCUUUAGUAAGUUCAGAAGUAGAAAUGAUACAAACAUAUUUAAAACCAUCAUUUGAAAGUUUAAUUCUUUAUAUUUGUCUCUUAGUUUUGUGAAUUUUGAAUGUUUAAAUUUUGUUUCAGUCAUUUAAAAUUUUUUAAUGUAAAUUUACGAAACUAAUUAAGGGUAAAAGACAUUUAAAGAAUUAAACUUAAAUAAGUGUGUGUAGCAUUUCUACUUCUGAAGUUAUUAAAGCUAAAACUGCACUAAGCCUUUUGAGACAUCCUCUAUUCUUAAAAAGCUCAUAAAUAAUUGGCUAAUUUAUUACAUAUAAACUUCAAAAAAGUGGGUUAUAAGACACUGCUUUGGAAUCUUGCCCCUCCAAAUCUUCCCUCAAAGAUCUUAAUGUAAUGAGUAAAACAACUGCUAUAUACAUAUGCAGAAUGUGUAAUAAAACAAAAAGCAAUUGCUAUUUGAAAAUAUUUAUAAGAAAGUUAAAGCAAAUUGUUUCUUUGUGCUUCAGCUCAUUUUCUACAUUUUUAAAACCCUGUGGUAAAAACCUGAAUGAAAUCAUCUACAAGAACUACAACUAAAUACUGUUAAAUUAGCAAAAGGCUUUCCUUAUAUAGAUGACAUCUAUGAAGGCAAAAGGUGACAGUAAAAACAGUAAGAUCCAUAUGCUUAAGACUGUACAAGGCUAUUCAUUUGUGAAACAAAUAUACAUAUCGAAGACAGGUCUCAGAAAUACCUUAACUAUCCCUUUUUAAAUAAACAUAUUAAAUGA